GUACCACUAUCUCACAUAGAAUGAUGUUGUCACGUGUAACAAUAAUUUUAUAACUUGACACAAAUAGAAACACAAAUACUCUUCUUAUUGGCAUCGAUCAUCAACAUAAUCCUUGAGGAAAAUGUCAUCCGAAACUGCAGACAAACAAAAAUGCGAGUCAGUUACGGAAGUGCAGUCAGUGCCAUCGAGCUCCCUGAGUUUGGAAUGCACGAUAAAACCCAGCGACGAAUUUCUUCAUGUUUACAAAUUAUCAUACACAUUUAGUACGAAUAAAAGUACUCUUAGUAACAAGGAAAUCAAGACAAUAGAAACAAAGAUGGACAAAUUAUAUAAUAAGGUCACCAACUCGAAAAACGCAACAUUAAAUGAUAUUAUAAUUCUUGCAUAUUGUUACCAAAAUUUAUGUCAUGGUCACAUUAAAUCAAAUCGAAAAGGGGAACUACGUAUAGGAAAAACUUAUAUUUUGCGUUGUUUAAAUUUGGUGAAAGGUAAAGAGCUGGAUCCCAAAUCUAUUUUGAUAGCUCUAAAAGGCCAUUUCCAGUUAGGUUAUAUUUAUUUUACGCAAAAGAAGUCAGAAAAAGCUCUACAAACAUGUAAUAAAGCUAUAGAAUUAUAUUUGACAUAUACAGACGAUAAAGAAAAGUACGGUAAUCCUAUUAAUUUUGAAAAUAUUAUCAUGAAGCCAUCGGUAGAUAAUUAUUACUUGCUAAAUAUAAUAUACAAAGAGAUUUUAGAAUUAAUAGUGGUCCCAGAUAUAAAUUUAAGUUAUAACAACAUGGUGACAUACAGUCAUUUGCUUUUAACAGCUGAGUUAAAUAUGUUACAAGAAUCAAGAGAAUAUCUUCUGUGGAUUAAAUCAGCAUUAAAAAUAAGCAAUUAUUUAAUACUGCACGACCGUUUCGUAGAAGCCAGAAGCCAUAUUAUUACUGCAAUUUAUGUGAAAAAGAAAUAUUUUCAUGAAAUACUUGGUAAUACGAAGGAGCAGAUAUUUUCCUCAGAAGAACGGAAGCUGAGUGAAUUGUACUUAGAAUUGGAUAUGCUUUUUAGUAUUUCACGGAUAAAAUACGGCAUUAAGCUUUUGCAUAAGUCAGUGGAACGAUUGCUGCGAUUAGAAAAAGGCGAAGAAUUUGAGAUUGAUAACUUAAAUUUAGGACAUCCAACAGAAUUGGAGGGAGAUAUAUCACAGAAGUUAUUACUAUUCAAUGAUAUAGAUACAGAAAUUGCAUUCACGCAUACAAAUCCAUUCCUACCGGUUAAAUAUAUUUUACAUUAUAACGACGCAUACAAAAUAUUUACCAAUAUCCUAAGGAAUGUUUCCAUUGCGAGAUGUUUUCUUGAUAAAAGCAGAGACCUAGAAACAUAUGGACAACUUAUAUUAGACACUUGCGAAGCGUACAAAUAUAUGUCACUCUAUGAGAAGGACAUAAUUAAUCGAAACUUACUACGAAAUGGGAUUGUAGACCUUUUAUCGGAAGAUGUAAAAAACCAACUUUUAAAAACGCGUGUUCCUGCCGUGUAUUGUAGUACAAUACAAUUACAACUAGCGAUUACUCUUUCAAAUGUAAUAAAUGUUAAACUUGAAAAUACGGCCACAAUUAACCGAAUGUACAUGCCGAAAAAAUAUGGUGAUAUUGAGCUUGAAAUUAGAUGGCUCGUAAGGAUUGCUUUAAUACAUUUAAAAAUGAUGUGCUUUUAAUAGAUAAUUAUGUUAGUGGAUUUUGAUAAUAGGCCAAGUUCUGUAUUAGGUCCACAUUGAUAGAAACACACACGUUAAUGUUUAUCGCCGUAAUUUUGAAUAUAAAGAAAAAAUGAUAUUAUCAACGUUUACAAUAUUUAGUUGAAUGAAAGGACUUUUAAUUGGAAAUACAAUAUUACAACAUAUUUAUUUGUGUGUAUAUAGAACUAAUUAAUAUUAUGUGAUAAGUUGAUAAGUUUUACGGAAAGAUUGAUAUAAUGUUAUAAGAUAACUCAAAAUAUUUAGAGAUUAUCCUAGAUAUUUUCAAAAUAUCCUUGGAGAUUCUGCAUUUUAAGUAUCUUCAGGAUAAUUCAUUAAUAUCUUCUGUUAUUUAAAUUUUUCUUAAUAUAUAAACAAAGAUAAGAAAUGUUUAAAUAGAGUUACUGCGAGUCAGUAAGUCAAUUCCGUUCUUAUAAAAAUUUCAUAAGAAUAAUAUGUAACGUAAAAUAUAAGGACUUAAAAUGCAUCCAAAUGUUUCCAAUCAACAAGAUCAUUAAAAUAAGUUUUCCUAAAUACUGUCUAUACAUAUGAAUUACAGUAUGCUAUAUUUUAAACUU